AUGAAGAUUGCUGUCCUCGUCGCUCUCGUCGCUCCCGUCCUCGCGGUCCCGCGAGGCAAGCACCUUGUCGAGCUAUCCCUCCCCGGCGAGCAAAACUACAACCCGAACCAGAGCCUCUACCCGCAACGAGCCCUGCGCGUUAUUGGGAGCUUCCAGUCCGGCUUUACGGAAGAGACGUUCCGCGUCGAGGCCAAGAGGCAGUGCCAGGCCGAGCCUGCCUGCAGUACCGUCAUCGGCUACCUUCAGGAGCACUCUGAAGUUGUCGACGGGUCAAAGUAUCCCGUGUGGUUCGCUUGGUUGAUUGGUGGUGCCAGGGCGACCGCGGCCGACUUUCAUCAUGCCAACGGGACUAGUCAUUCGUUCAUCUACACUAUUAACGAAUAG